GCUACCUUCAGUGACACAUUUGCAUCCGAGGAAAGAACUACGUUACACAAAAUCAUUUUAACAUGAGUUCCAUAUUUGACGCAGAUACGAUAUUAUCAGAAAACGACCAGUGGAGGAAACUGGAAGAGGAAUGGAAAACCGUUGAUCUGGUAGACAUAGAAGACGAGACACCACAUUUAAAACCAGUUUUCAGCACAUUAGAUUUAAACGGAACGACUUUCGACUCGUCGUUCCUCUUCAAAAAAGUAAGAAGGAAAGUCGGACGGCAAAUAUCCAAAAUAUCAACCGCAUCCAUCGAAUAUGAAGAAUUCCUAAGCAACAUACGUGAUGAUUCGAAAAAUGAGUCGACGAAACAGUUUUACUUCAUCAACGGCCAAUUAACUUCUGCUGCAUCGAUUGAGGAAUUAUGCGACAAGAUUGAUGACAUUUUCAAAUCUAUUGACGAAUUGUCGAUAGCUACAAGUACAGUUAGACUUAGUGCUAAGAAGAAGAAAGUUCCAGACGUAGUGCAGUGUAGUAUAUCAGCCACGGAUUUGUCGUUCGACGAUACUGCGUCUCAAAAAGAAGUGACUCUUUCAAGUGAGAUUGAUAGACAAUUAGAGGAAGCUUUCGAAGAGGCGUUUGAGCAAAUUAAUUCUACUAUAGCUACCGUAGAAGGCGAUAAAUCUCAUAUAGAUUCAGUGACAACGUUAGUUAGGAAGUUCAGUUCAGUUAUGAGCAGUCCUAUGAUUAAAUGUAAUCCAAGAAGGAGACGGGAAUGCUGUGAUAAAUUUAAAGAGCUGACCGAUUUUUGGAAAAAUCGUGAUUGCUAGUGUUAGUUAUAAAAUUUUAAAUAAAAUUGCAUAAUUGUGUUCUUUGUGAUGACAUUGAAGGUAGUUUUGGACUGUGUUAGGUAAUACUACUUUUUGUUUGGUAAGUUUUGUUUUAUGGAAAAAAUAUAGUCUUGUUAGAAUUUGUUUACAAUAACGUACACUGGGUUUAUCGAAAAAUAAACUUUCGUUUUAACUAAAAAUAAUAUAAAUUAAGUUGUGUUUUGUUUGACAUCUUGCCUCUUAAGCAAGAAGUAUUGGUUAUUUAUAAAAUUGUAUUUAAUGAAUACAUUUUUUUUAUAAUUGA